CCCUGGCUGUGUCGCUAGCCGCAGGACCCACGGGGCUGAGGGCCGAGGGCUGAGGGCUGCGGCCGGCCGCGGGCCUUGAGUGCGCGGGGCCUGGGGCGGCCCCUCGGCCGCGCUUGUGCUGCAGAUGGGAGCUCGCGGCGCCCAGGAUGCGGGCGGGUUGGGCCGAGGAGCCGGCGAAGGAGCUCUUCCGGGACGCCGCCUUCCCGGCCUCGGAGUCCUCGCUCUUCUGCAGCUUCUCCACGCCGCUGGCCCAGUUCCGCGAGGACAUCACGUGGAGGCGGCCCCAGGAAAUUUGUGCCCAGCCCCGGCUGUUUGCAGAUAGCCCUCAGGAAGGACAGGUGAAGCAGGGGCUGCUGGGGGACUGCUGGUUCCUGUGCGCCUGUGCCGCCCUGCACAAGGUCCGGCACCUCCUGCAUCAGGUGAUUCCUCCGGAACAGCCGAGCUGGCCAGACCCGAUGUACUGCGGCCGCUUCACCUGUCGGAUCUGGCAGUUUGGACACUGGGUGGAGGUGACCGUAGAUGACCGUCUGCCUUGUCUUGCAGGGAGACUCUGCUUCUCCCGGUGCCAGAGAGAGGAUGUGUUCUGGCUUCCCCUGCUGGAAAAGGUCUACGCCAAGGUCCAUGGGUCCUACGAGCGCCUGUGGGCGGGGCAGGUGGCUGAUGCCCUGGUGGACCUGACUGGGGGCCUGGCAGAAAGAUGGAACCUGAAGGACUUGGCAAGCCCCAGCAGCCAGCAGGACAAGCCCAGUGGCCUGGGACAUGCCACGCUGCGGCGGCUGCUCCGCCUGAAGGACCGGUGCCUGGUCAGCUGCUCGGUGCUCAGCCCCAGGGCAGGGGCCAGGCUGGGCGAGUUCCACGCCUUCAUCGUCUCUGACCUGCGGGAGCUCCGUGGCCGUGCUGGCGGGGACCUCCUGCUGCUCCGGAUUCACAACCCCUGGGGCCGGCGGUGCUGGCAGGGGCCCUGGCGAGAGGGGGGAGAGGGGUGGAGCCAGGUGGACCCCGUGGAGGAGGCGGAACUCCUGUCCCAGCUCCAGGAGGGCGAGUUCUGGGUCCAGGAGGAGGAGUUCCUCAGGGAGUUUGACGAGGUCACCGUUGGCUGUCUCAGCACGGAGGCCGGCCACCUGCUGAGCCUCCACACAGAUAAGGCGUUGUGCCACACUCAGACGCUGCCUGGGGCCUGGGUCAGAGGGCGCUCAGCAGGAGGUUGCCGAAACAACAGCAGUUUUCCCAGCAACCCCAAGUUCUGGCUGCGGGUCUCAGAGCCCAGUGAAGUGUACAUCACCGUCCUGCAGAGGCCCACGCUGCGUCCAGCUGGCUGGGCCCCCACGGGAGAACACCAUGCUGCACAGAGCCACCUCGGGGCCCCAGGCAAGGACUACCAGGCCGUGGGCCUGCACGUCUGGAAGGUGGAGAAGCAGCGCGUCAGCCUGCCCCGGGUCCUGUCCACGCCACCCGUGGCCGGCACCAGCUGCCACGCGUAUGACCGCGAGGUCCACCUCCGCUGCGAGCUCUCUCCUGGCUUCCAUCUGGUUGUCCCCAGCACCUUCCUGAAGGACGUGCCAGGCCAGUUUCUGCUCCGGGUGUUUUCCACCGGCAAGUUCUCCCUCAGUGCCAUCAAGCCAGCUCCCGGGAGCCCCGCAUCCCAGCAGACGCCGGCCGGGGAGUGGGAGACUGUGCAGCUGCAGGGCUGCUGGAAAGUCGGCCAGAGCGCGGGGGGCAGCAGGAACUUUGCCUCCUACCCCACCAAUCCUUGGCUCCCCCUCUCCGUCCCCGAGGGUGCAGGACCGCGCUGUGUGCGCAUCAGCCUGCGCCAGCACUGUCAGGAUGGCAAGUGCCGCCCCAUCGGCUUCCACGUCUUCCAGGUUCUAGGCCAGGACAGGCCCUCCCUGCUGCACCAGGAGCCACUGCUCAGCUGCGUGCCGCAUCGCCACACCCAGGAAGUGAGCCAGCUGUGUCGCCUGUCGGUGGGCACCUAUGGGAUCGUGCCCUCCACCUAUCUGCCUGACACCGAGGGAGCCUUCACAGUCACUAUAGCAACCAAGAUAGACAGGCCGUCCAUUCAGAGCCGGGAGAGGUUGGGCCAGCUCCUUCAGGAGACUUCCUUCAGGGCUGUGAUGCAGACUUGAGGGGAGGGCCUGCACGCCUCAUAUCAGGGAGCCUUACCUCGCAGCCAACCGUUGUCCUGCCACAGCAGCUCCUGGACAGCAUGGGGCCCAUGGCCGCCCUUGCCCACUGCCUGCCAGGCUCCCAGCAGCCCCAGCGUUGCUCGCAGUUCUGUUUCUACAGGGGCUCGGGCUGCCCUAUUCUCUGCCGGGCAGGAGCACGUGCGUGAUGACACCAAGUUAAGCAGCCAUCAGGAGCGACUGCGGUGCUUGGGGGGAGGCGAAGGGCCUCGGCCUGGAAGUGGGGCAGCCCCCGGCCACCCAGAGUUGCCUGGGAUUCAGCAGGUCUGCAGAGAGGCAGGAGGCCCCGAGUGGCAUCCUUGCCCCUACCACACAGACACACGUGCCUGGGCCCCUGGGCCCAGCACUCCAGGUACCCCCUUUACUCCUAAACCCUCGGUGUCGUUUCCUGCAGAGGCCUGACCUGGGCAGGUAUGUGUCGCGACGGAGCUUGUGUGAACUCAAAGCUGUUUAUUUGAGACGUUUCUAAGAUGUAAUUUUAUAAAUAAACACAUGCUCUCUGAGCAGCUCACAGAUGACUUGUUUCAAGGCAGCCCUGAGGGGUGCAGCAGCCAAGCUUUCCCUGAGCCGGACAGGUGGGAGGGAGCAAGAGGGGGGACUCUGUGCCCAACGGGAGGU